AUGUCCUCCUUCAAUGCAGUUGUGUAUAACCUCCCCGACCGCACACACCCAUCUAAGUUAAGAGAUAUUUGCCUUAGAGCAUGCGGUAUGCCGAACGUUAACUGCAAAGUCAUCCGCCUUAGAAAAAAGUCAGACAGAUCAACUUGCCCCCUCUUGUUUAUGUUUGGCUGUUGUAACGAUGCUAAGCAGUUUAUUGAUUUGAGCAAAAACAUUAGCUCACUAAUUCCAUACAAAAAUAUAAAAGUCACUCCAGACCUUACGCCCUGUCAACGUCGUGUAAGAAGACGCGAAGCGAUAGAAUUGAAUGGGAGUGUUACAGUUAAUAAUCAGCCAGAGACAGUUUGCAACACAGCAAAUAGUUUAAAACACAUGAACAUUAAGCAUGACACCACUCCACAUACGGCUGAUCACUCUGUUAAUCUAGAUGAGUCUACAGAUCAGAAACCUUUGGAUAAGAUACGGACCCCAACUGACACCAAAAACCAUAACGACAUGACUAAUCCCAGCUGUUCAUUCAGUAAUGUACUAAAAUGUGAGUCGUGUAACAACACAUGUGCAACUAAACCUAUACACUUGAAAAUUUGUCCUCCUAAAGACAUUCCACAAGUAGACUUGAAUGAACGUAAGUUCAUCUCACAAAGACAACGAAAGAAUCCUGCUCUGAAAAUAAAGGGUGGGAAGACAAAACUCAUGAUACCGAAUAGGGAAACACGUAAGAUUGAACCCAACUGCUCUAUAGGUAUCCCAAGAACAGUGAACAGGUUCUCCCCGCUGCUAUCGUAUAACUUGCCUUCAACACCUCCAAGUUGCAAAAAGGGUGGUGGGCUUCAGCGUAGCAAGCCUUCUUACACGCAGACUAACGAAAACUACCAGAGAACUGGCCACCCAAAUCACCCCCUGAAGCCUAAAACUAUAAAUAAGAACGGUAAUAAUAGGUUUCUCACUCCACACCCUACCUACAUUACCCAGGAUCGCAACUGUAAUUACUCUCAAAAAGAAAACUUCUCAUACCCUUUAGUACCGAGCCAUCACAUAACAACGGCUCCCAUGUAUAACAACAGUCGCAACUCCUCCCAGUUACGCGUAGCAGACCCCUCUCGCGCUAACGUAAAUAGCCAUAACAGGGGCUACGAGUCUAACCAUCAAGACUAUUUUGUAAAUAAUCAUACACUUCACAGUAGGCCUGUACAAGAUUUUUUUGGAAUAAGACCCCUAGUGACACCUCUGUUGAAGCAUAUAGCCCAGGUUAUUUCAAACCACAUGCAAACCAUAAACUUGUUUCCUCCGUACAGUUUCCAUCACAGAGUACUCCCACCCUUUCCUCCUGGGUAA